GGCACUGACUGGCAUCACUGCUGGGCACUGACUGGCGGCACUGACUGGCACAACCGCUGGGCACUGACUGGUGGCACUGACUGGCAGCACUGGUGGGCUGCACUGGUGGGUGGCACUGGUGGGCGGCACUGGUGGGUGGGCACAGGUGGGUGGCACUGGUGGGCACAGGUGGGUGGCACUGGUGGGCACAGGUGGGUGGGCACAGGUGGGUGGCACUGGUGGGCACAGGUAGGUGCACUGCUGGGCACAGGUGGGCGGAACUUGUGGGUGGCACUGCUGGGCACCAAUCAUCAGGGCACUGAUCAUCAGUGCCCUGAUGAUCGGUGCCGAUCCUCGCUCUGACAACUGCCGGUUCUCGGCAGUACUUUCCUCACGAUCUGACAGCGUGAGGAAAAUGCAGCCGAGAACCGGCACUUGCAU